CUUCGAAGUUUAUAUUAUUUGACUGGGGCGACGCGUAUCCGCAUACGUAUUCCAUCGGUCUCGCAGUUCGUACACGUUUUGCUGCAAACGGGUCUCGAGUGUAGGCAAAAGCUUAGUUGAACAUAAGUGCUUCUGUUAUCUAUUUCCAAACAAAUCAAUAAUUCCAGUCAAAAUGUCGCUCAAGGCGAAGCUGAUGAAAGAAAUCGUUGAGCCGAUGACCUCGUCGGGCAACAAGGUCACAAUCGUUGGUAUCGGCCAAGUGGGCAUGGCAUGUGCCUUCAGUAUUCUGACCCAGAGUGUGUCCAGCGAAGUGGCUCUGGUCGAUGUCAACGCCGACAAACUGCAGGGUGAGAUGCUGGAUCUGCAGCACGGUUCGGCGUUUAUGAAGAACGCCCAAAUUAGCGCUAGCACAGAUUUCGCCGUCUCCGCCGGAUCCCGGCUGAUCGUCAUCACCGCUGGUGCACGCCAGAACGAAGGCGAGAGCCGUCUCAAUCUGGUCCAGCGUAACUGUGACAUCAUGAAAGGAAUCAUUCCCAAGCUGGUCGAGCAGAGCCCCGACUGUAUCCUGCUGGUGGUGUCCAACCCGGUCGAUAUUCUUACCUAUGUUGCCUGGAAGCUGUCCGGGCUGCCGAAGAACCGUGUCAUUGGUUCCGGCACCAAUCUCGAUUCGUCUCGCUUCCGCUUCCUGAUGUCCAAACGAUUGGGAGUUGCCCCUACAUCUUGCCACGGUUGGAUUAUCGGUGAGCACGGCGACAGCUCGGUGCCAGUUUGGUCUGGUGUCAACAUUGCUGGCGUUCGUCUGGCCGAGAUAAAUCCCUCGAUCGGCACUACCGAUGAUGAUGAGAAGUGGGGCGAUCUUCAUCACGAAGUCGUUAACAGUGCUUACGAAGUUAUCAAACUGAAGGGAUACACUUCCUGGGCCAUUGGUCUGAGCGUCGCUUCGCUCGCGUCUGCUCUGCUGAGAAACACUUACAACGUACACGCCGUGUCUACCCUGGUCACUGGCGAGCACGGAAUCAGUGAGGAGGUCUACCUGUCGCUGCCAUGCGUGCUUGGCAGAAACGGUGUUUCGCACGUUGUGAAACAAAUCCUAACUGAAGAGGAAACUAAGAAGCUCCAGGAUUCGGCUCGUAUCAUGGCUGAAGUCCAGGCUGGCAUUAAGUUCUAAGUUUAGUUAUAAGGUCUGAGCAUAUUAUUUAUAAUUUAGCAAACAACUACUUAUAAUUAGGCAAUGAACGAUAAAUUAACAAGUCUCAACACUCUCUUAGCAUGCACGCCAAAGUCUUUGAUGUUCUCCCAUGCAACAACAACAGAAAUAAAACAAAUCCUCGUGUAAGUCAUGAUAGAAAGUAUUAAAUUUAGAUAAAAUUACGAUAUCAAUGGAAAUUGAGAUCUUUUGUUUCGUACCAUAAGUACCAUUUGUUAUGAAAAGAAAAGAAAAAUGAAGAAAUUAUGGACACAAAACACAAACUACCUCGAAAAAGCAUUUACAAAGCAAUUCGGCAUUUAAGAAUUGGAGAAAAUGUUUUUAAGUCAACAAAUUUUUCAAUGCAUCAAUCUAGGAUAUCACUUGUUGAAUUAUUAUGUCACAUUACUCGUAUUCAUCGGAAAAAGUAUGGAGAACAUUAAAGGAGAGAACGCUAUGAUUUCUCAUGCGAUGUUCAGCACUAAUUGCAAUUUUCGAACGGUUGACUGAAAAAAAUCAACAUUUGUAGACUACUCACCUUGUUUGUACGAUCUCUGCUUUGAAAAAAUGUAUAAAAAGCACACCCAACUCGCAUCACUUGAUCGAAGAAAUAAAAGCAAGAAGCGCAUAGAGCAUGCUGUACUAAGAAUGA